AUGCCGCUGAAAGAAGUUCCUUCGUUCGUUAGCCGUCUUCGACAGUUUGUCAGUGAUCUUGCAAAUCUCCAUGUCCCAACUAUCGCAGCACUUGACGGGAUCGCUCUUGGUGGUGGCUUGGAAGUUGCACUCGGUUGCGAUAUCCGUGUUGCAUCCACAUCAGCUCGUCUCGGUCUACCCGAAGUGAAGCUAGCGAUUUUUCCUGGUGCAGGUGGUACACAGCGGCUAACGAGAAUUAUUGGCAUUGCAAGGGCGAAGGAACUAAUUUUUACUGGGAGAAUUUUAAGCGCUACGGAUGCAGAACGCAUUGGGUUGGUGAAUUGUGUUGCAAAUGAAGAAAUAACAUCUGCAUACCAAGUUUCACUUGAUAUGGCCUCCUUAAUACUAAAAGGAGGUCCAUGUGCAAUCAAGUUGGCUAAAUCAGUUAUUAAUGAGGGAGCAGAAAUGACUCUACCGGAAAGCUUAGAAGUUGAACGGAAAGGUUAUGCAGAGGUGUUAAAGACGGAAGACCGAAAUGAAGGAUUAAAAGCAUUUUCUGAGAAACGACCCCCAGUAUAUUGCGGCCGAUGA